UGAGGUAAGUGGAACAAGAAGGCACAGACGCCUGUGAUCAGACCCAUGUCGGCGGCAGAGACCGACGGACGAGCACCGCAGGGUCAGAGGAGAAGUGACAGCUGGGGGACUCAACGUGCCCACUGGACUCAACUGCGCCUGCGUGAAAUAAGACGCUUUCGUCCUUUCAUGAACACGGCGCUUGGACGUUGUUUCAGCUGUAGAUAAGUGUUUUGGUUUUUAAAAACUGGGUAGCCGAUAUUGCUCCUUGAAAUGUAUUUCUGCUGCAUUGUGAUGUGUGUUAUAAAAAGGCCAUGAUGGGAGAAAUUAAAAAGACAGGAUAGAAAAAUAGGAACAUGAUCAUAGUGUACUGGGCGAUGUAGGAGUUAAUUAACACCAGCAGGUGGCAGCAAAACCGAAAAAAAUACACCUGGUCCGGACAGUUACGUCACUGCGGAAGUGCCUGAAACCUGUAUUUUCACCAGCAGAGGGCGACUCCCCUGGCUGUAAAAAAAUAAGUUUCUAUAGAAGUCUAUGAUAAAAUGAUUCUCACUUGAUUUAAAAUUUGUAAACAUUUCCCCGAGAAGUUUAAGGCUAUUUAACACAAGCAGGGUUAGGAAAUGGGGUUUUAUUUUUAUUUUUUAAAAUUCCAUUUCAACAAUCAGAAUUUAGACGAUACAGUUGCAGGACUCUUUACACUUCCGACACGGUAGGUGGCGGUAUACACUCCGCCCGCAAGAAGCGGCAGAAAGAAGCGGAAGAAGAAGAAGAAGACGAUUUGGCGGGUACUGUAAAAACGUAAACAGAGGAAGCUAGAAACAUGGAGGAGGGCAAAGGAGUAACAGACAAACAGACGGUACACGACACAUGUGCGUCUGAAAACCGGACGAGUGAAGCCGCAGGAUCGGUAUCGUCCUCGCAGGUGUCUAACCCCGGACCGUCCGAGGAGUCAGCAGCUCGGUUCAACAGGCUGAAGCUGUUCGACAAGGUGAUGCAGAAGAGUCUGGACAAGUUCAUCGACCAUGCCAGGUACCGCGAGUCCCUCCAGCAUCUCAUUUUCAACAGAUUCUCCAGCGUGUUCCGUCCGCUGUACAAGAAGAACCCUCAGAGGAUGGAGAACAUUCACAAGCAGUUCAUAGAGGAGUUGCAGAGGGCUAUACAGGACGACAUCAGCAGAUUGAUUGAAGAAGGGCGGUUAGAAGUCAAACUGAAUGAGCUAGACAAACUGGAGCGUGCUGCGAAGAACAAUCCAGAGCCUGCAUGGCGGCCCAGUGGGGUUCCUGAGCAGGACUUUUGCAGUUUCUUGAUGCCCUACUAUAUAAAGCAGGAGGCUUACAUGCGACUGGAGCUGAAGAAGAUCCAAGUAGAGAAUGCUGCACUUGCACAAAAGGUCCAGGCAGGGAGAGAGAGCAUUGCUCAGGCCGAAAACCGUAUUUCAGCAGCAGUUGAUGAGUGGAAGGCAUCAGUCACAGAAUUUGACAGGCUGGCGUCUUGUCUCUGUCCUGCCGAUGUCUUUGACGUGUGACCUUCAGAUCAUUUGACCAAUCAACUAACUUAACUGUACUUAUUGAUUUUGUUCACUUUGCCUGUUCUGUCUUAAAAUAAACGUGAAAUCUUGGGAA